UCUCAAUAAUGUCGACUGCUUCACUACAACUCACCGCACUGGCUCGCUACUUUGCCGAUCCUGUCCUGAAUGACAGUACGCGAUUGAUCCCCCGUCAGACGGAGCCUGUUCAGCUCACAAGUCAUCAUCAAUCGCUGCAGUACUCGAUCAAUGUGGCAGCGCGAUCACUGAGACACUUCGGAAUGCUUUCAUGUCAUUGAUACCCCGGGACAAUGCGUUGGGAUCAUCGGCAGAACAUGAUGAAGCAUCCCUGGCUUUCCGAGCGUUGCGCAAGCUUGCCCAUCGCAAAAUCCAGUCGUUGCCGUUCGACACCGUCGGAGGGCAAUGGCUUCGUCUCUAUGUAGAUGCGACCGUUGGAUUGGUAUUAACGGAGACGAUCACUCCUAAGGAGGAUUACCAUCGCGUCAGCCAGAGGAUCAAGGCACUCGAUAUGGCGAUUAUCAUUGCUGGGGCCACAGGUCGGGAAGAUCAAAUUCAGCUACUCAUACGGGUCCUGCAGGAUGGCAGAUUUCGGCAAGCUUCCAAGGACAUACAGAAGGAAAUACAGCAGGAAAAGUCAAGCCAGGGAAGCCCGUCUGCUUAUGGUCGCCCCAGCAAGCGUCAAUGUAUGUUGGAUCAUGCGGGUGCUAGCGGUCGACAACCUAUACCUUGUUUGGAGAAACCGCCAACGAUGACGCAAUUCAUCGCACACGAACGGAACAAACCUUUUAUACUCAGGCGGUACAUCGCCGAAUCGGACGAGAUAUCUAACCCGUACGGCCUGAGCUGGCCCGCUGUUGAUCAGUGGAAGUCUAUGGACUACCUGCUGGGACUUGUCGGCGAAGACAGGGUAGUUCCGGUCGAAAUUGGAUCGUCAUAUACGGAUGCCGCCUGGACUCAAACUAUAGUCCCCUUCCGAGCCUUUCUCGAAAGCGUGGGUUACGGACGACUUGGUUGUCAAGCGGACGACCCCGCUACGCAGCGGACGGAUGCUCCCAUGUAUCUCGCCCAAUACUCGCUUCUUAAGCAAUUUCCGGAACUGGAGAGGGACAUUGUUAUGCCCGACUACGUCUAUUCCGCGCCCCCCGCUCCCGAUUGUUUCCCAGGCUACAAGCCACCGGGUAACGAAGAGGAGUUGGUCAUCAACGUUUGGGUGGGUAGCGGCCAAGGGAAAGUAACAAGUCCUCCACACACGGAUCCGUACUACAAUUGUUAUGCGCAGGUGCUGGGCAGAAAGCGGGUUUGGCUCGCGCCCCCAUCAAUAGGUCCAUAUAUGUAUGCCCACGGAGGAUGUCCAAAUGACGAGGCUGAGGUCUAUGCGACAAAUACGUCUCAAGUUCCGGUCUUUGAGCUCUCUUCUAGCGAUCGGACGAAAUAUCCGCAUUUUUUCGAGCAAGUCGAAGCCGAGUGCAUGGAGGAGAUACUCGAACCUGGAGACAUGCUGUUCAUGCCACCAGGCUGGUGGCAUGCCAUGCGAGGAGAAGGAACGACAUUUGCGUGGUCCGUUUCCAUGUGGUUUUGAGAAUGCAGUCCCCGUACUCAUACUGCCAGAAGACCGUGGUCGCUAUGUAUACCAAUGAUGAUUAUAGAUUCGAUUCAUGCGUAUAUACGUAA